UUAUGUUCUUUCCAUAGAAAAAGAAAAACAAAACAGCAGAGUUUCUAAAAAAGAAAACAAAAAUAAUGCUUUCUUUACUGAUGUCGCCUUUCAAGUCUUUCAUAACUUCUCAUUUGCGUGGUUUCAUUCAUGAAGAUUUUCAUGCAGUUGUUGCUAGGAUGACUAUCCUAGACACUUUUAUUUUCCUUAUCGUGCACUCCAUUGAUAAGCUGGGGAUAUGGCAUAGGUUACCUGUGUUUUUAGGUAUGGCGUACCUUGCUUUACGCCGGCAUCUUAACCAGGAGUAUAACCUAUUCAACGUUGGUAAAACUCCAGUCGGCGUUCGCUUUAAUCCGGUGGAUUAUCCUUACAGGACAGAUGAUGGAAAAUAUAAUGAUCCUUUUAAUGAAGUUGCUGGCAGCCAAGGAAGUUUCUUCGGCAGGAAUGUGCUCCCUGUUGAUCAAAAAAAUAAGUUGAAGAAGCCGGAUCCGAUGGUGGUUGCUACAAAACUACUAGCAAGGAGAAAACUCAUAGACACAGGAAAGCAGUUCAACAUGAUAGCUGCUUCUUGGAUUCAGUUUAUGAUCCAUGAUUGGAUUGAUCACUUGGAGGAUACCAACCAGAUUGAGCUGACUGCUCCAAAGGAAGUAGCAAGUCAGUGCCCCCUUAAUUCUUUCAAGUUCUACCAGACAAAGGAAGUUCCCACUGGCUUCUACGACAUCAAGACUGGUGCUCUGAACAUUCGCACUCCUUGGUGGGAUGGAAGUGCUAUAUAUGGCAGCAACUCCGAGUGGCUGCAUAAAGUGAGAACAUUUAGCGAUGGAAAAUUGAAAAUAUCAGAAGAUGGACUUCUCCUCCAUGACCAAAACGAUAUUGCUAUUUCUGGAGAUGUUCGCAAUAGUUGGAUUGGUGUCUCCACUCUGCAGGCCCUCUUUAUUAAGGAGCAUAAUGCAGUGUGCGAUGCUCUCAAGAAGGAAUAUCCAGAUUUAGAUGAUGAAGAAUUAUAUAGACAUGCAAGAUUAGUGACUGCUGCCGUAAUUGCAAAAGUUCACACCAUUGAUUGGACUGUAGAACUUUUGAAAACUGAUACAUUGUUAGGAGGAAUGCGUGCAAACUGGUAUGGAAUAUUGGGAAAGAAAUUUAAGGACGCAUUUGGGCAUGUCGGAGGAGCAGUCCUGGGAGGUCUUGUAGGUACAAAGAAACCUGAGAAUCACGGUGUUCCAUAUUCAUUGACCGAGGAAUUUGUUAGCGUUUAUAGAAUGCAUUCGCUUCUACCUGAUAAUCUUAUUCUUAGAGACGUUUCAGUAAAACCCGGUAUCAACAAAUCUCCACCGCUACUUAAAGUGAUUCCUAUGCAAGACCUUAUAGGCCUAAAAGGAGAAAAAGAACUGCCAAAAAUUGGAUUCACUGCACAAAUGGUCUCAAUGGGUCACCAAGCUUGUGGAGCUUUAGAGCUAUGGAACUACCCAAUGUGGCUCAGAGAUGUUAUACCUCAAAACAUUGACGGAAGUGAGAGGAUUGAUCAUGUGGAUCUAGCAGCUCUUGAAGUUUAUAGGGAUAGGGAGAGGAAAGUUGCGAGGUACAAUGAUUUCCGCAGGUCUCUUUUGUUAAUCCCUAUAUCCAAAUGGGAAGAUCUGACUGACGAUAAAGAAGCAAUUGAAGUUCUUAGAGAGGUAUAUGAUAAUGAAGUUGAGGAACUUGAUCUUUUGGUGGGUCUCAUGUCUGAGAAGAAGAUCACUGGGUUUGCCAUUAGUGAGACUGCUUUUGUCAUAUUCCUCCUUAUGGCAACUAGGAGGCUAGAAGCUGACAGAUUCUUUACAAGCAAUUUCAAUGAAAAUACAUACACAAAGAAGGGAUUUGAAUGGGUGAAUACUACAGAGAGCUUAAAAGAUGUGAUUGACCGUCACUACCCAGAAAUGACAAAAAAAUGGAUGAAUUCUACGAGUGCUUUCUCUGUUUGGGACUCACCUCCUAAUGCUCAUAAUCCCAUUCCUCUUUAUCUUCGUCUUCCAAAGUGAUUUCUAAAAACUCAAUUAGAUUACAUGUUGGUGAGGCAAAAUAUAGCUAGACCAAUAAACUUCACCAUUUUCUUUGUUUAAAUAUGAAGUUCUUUAAUGGUUGUAUUGGCAUUGGUUCCUUACUCUGUAUAUGAAAUUUGGUGUGUGCAUUCA